GAAAACGUCGUUGGAAGCGACGCGACGCGGUGACAAUCAGUGAGCGUGUUGAAAGCACACAAAACAAACAAAUAAAGCCAAACAAACCACAAUUAUUUGCCAACAAAAGAUAACCAGCAACGCGAGAUACGCGAGAUACGCGAGAUACGCGAGAUACGCGAGAUAAUCAACAGCGAGGUAUUCCGUUAGUUGUUUGUCGUCGACAACAUAUAAGUGAACUCGAACAGAAAGAAGUUCCCAGCGUACAUCGCAGUAGUUAAGGCAUAAAAUAAAAAAUAAUAAAAAUAAAAAAUUUAAAAAUAUCUGGAAAAGUGUGUUUGAAGUUUUGAAUAUUUUCCUAAACGAAAGGGGUGAAGAAAUCUUCAAAACAAAAGUAAAAGCUAAUAAAAUACGCUUACAAAACGUCCAUACGCUCGCCACCAACUUAAAACGCUGGAAAAAAACUGUGAAGAAGGGUUGAAAAAACUAAACGCGAUUCAAGAGAACAUUUUAGAACUCAGUUUAUUUUCAUCCGUUAAGCCAGUCUCGUUAUUAAACGCGUAUACGCGUCGCUCUAAUUACCGUUAAGUGACAACUACAACGACAAGGGAAUUCAUUGCCACUGCUGCUUGCUGUUGCCCUUGAAAGUCAAACAACGUGAAAAUGAUUGAAGUUGAUCCAGAAAUUACUAAGCCACUGAACUUGGCUAACUCAGCUGUUUUGCGCGCCGUUGAAGAAGAAGAGCAGAUGAAGUGCGGUUAUAAGCGCGUUGCUUGGCCACCCGUAUCGGAGGAGCGUGUCGUUAGGGAAUUCACACCCCAACCAACUUCAGCUCAUUAUCCCGUUUCGGCUCCUUAUCAGCCACAACAGCAACAACAACAGCCAGCGCAACAGCACCAACCACAACACUUGCAGCAGCCGCAGCAUCAGCAGCAGCCAUCCCAUCAACAACAACAACCGAACGCUGCGCCAACUAGCCAGGGUCCCAUUUAUAAUAACGUCAGUCGUGCUGGUAGUUAUAAUCCAGCCUAUCAUAGUCAAGAACAACAACAACAACAACAAUACCCCCAGCAACAAGUGUAUCAACAAUCCCCGUUACAACAACGACAACAACAACAACACUAUGAACCACCACAACAACCCAUACAAUACACACAAGCACAAUUCAAUCGUCAACCCUCGCAUGAGCCUGCUGGUCCGCCGCCAUCUGUAAGUGUGCAUUAUGGACAACAACAAAAACAACCGGCUCAACAAACUCUUGCAUCAUCCAAUUAUCCCUUUGAACAACAGCAACAACAACAACAACAAUAUGAGCCUAGCUCCCCAUCUGGUUGGAGACCCAUACAGCCACCAGUACCCAAGGCAUAUAAUGAAUUUGUAAGAAGUCCGGUAGGUGGCGGACAUGUUGAACCCUUUUAUCCUAGCUACGGUCAACAUCAGCAGCAACAACAGCAACAUUUGACCCAACAGUAUCGUGCAACAUCAUACGAUCAAUAUCAGGCGCAACCCCAACAAUAUCAGCCGCACCAGGGUUCGCAACCUCCUUACGGCCAACAGCCCUACUAUCAGCCGCAGCAGCAGCAGCAGCAACAACCAUCUUGGGCGCAUAAUCAACCAGCGCCAUUGUAUCAGCCGACGCAAGCGCCUUAUCAACAGGCACCUCCCUCCUCGCAACAACAAUAUCAGGCACCACCACCAUCCAAUUAUCAAUCGCAACCAUAUCAUCAACAACAACCACAAUUCCAACCCCAACAAUAUUCUUCUGUACCACAAUCAAACCAAUAUAAUUCUUAUUCACAGCCCCCACAACACAUUGGUCAGGAUCAACCCGAUCAACGGGCACUGCCAGUGCAACAACAACAACAAGCACCACAACCAUUGCCCCAAGAGUAUCGCGGCGGCAGUCCUGGUAUCAUAACAUUGCGCAAGGAGGCACCCGUCACACAGAAGCCUGCACCUGUUUACAACGCUCAGCCAGCGGCCGUUAGUUUUCAAGGAGGUAGCAACAUGCGCGGAGACUUGAAGUGGCCACCACCGGAGUACAAGGAGGCCGCAGUUCGCGAAAAUGAAGAACGCCGCAAACUGGCCCAGGGACCGGUAUGCCGUCCACGGAAAGUCAAUCGCGAUUACACAACGUUCUUCGCGAAGAAUGCGCUGAACAGCUAUUAUCCCAGCUACAAAGUACCACCAGGCACACAACACAUGUUGGCCUAAGUAUUUCAACAGCAAACUGAAUAACUAGACCCCGAAUACAAGUGAUAAUAAAAAAUUUUAAAAAUUAUUUUUAAAAAUAUAUAUAUAUAUAUUUCAGAAAAAAGUUAAAAAAAAAUACAAAUAUUUUUCAAAAACUUAGAAAAUUAACGAAAAAUGUUACUAAUAGUACAUUUUAACGAAAUGAAACAUCAACUAAUCACGAACUAACAAAAAAAAACAAAAAAAAACUCAGACCCACAAUGGGUGAAAUAUUAUUUAUUAAAAAUUUAUGUUUAUUAAAUACAUUAAUAGAAAGCAUUGAAAAAGUAAAACAAAAAAAAAACAGCGUCAAAUUUUAAACUAACGAAUUUUGUUCUCAAAUCUGUACAUGUUUAAAUAAAAAUAGCAGGAGAAUGUAGGCAGCGGAGAACCGCUUAGAAAUAAACGAAAUGCUUUGGUGUGAACGAUGAACAAUUCGACGAGUUUGCCUGCUGUUGUGCGGCUGUGAUCAACGAAGUCGCGGUGCGUUAAAAACUGCAAAAUGAUACACGGUACUACAACACCUACAACAACUACGCGCGCCACGGUGGCUUUGAACAUAACUGCGCAACGGGAGUGAACCAACCAAAUGCCAAGGCAUAUAAGAUUUUUUUUUCGUUAUUAAAAUUUUUUCAAUAUAAUUUUUUUUUUUGUUUAACGAAUUUAGUGAAUUUGUUGAAUUGCUCAAACGUAUAUGUAUGUAUGUAUAAAGGCAAAAUGCGAAUUCACUAUUUUAAUUUUAAGCAAAUCAAAUCAAACGACGUCCAAUCGAUGUAAAUUAGUUUUGUAUACAUAAAUACUUGGAAACCUACCAAACAAGAAAAAAAAAUAACGGUGGUUGAAGAACGUACAAAUGCGUUCCAUGAAGAUUCAACGCAGAAAUGAGUUUUCAAAUUAAAUAAAUUGAAAAUGCCAAUAAGAACUGGGCAGAAAAGAAUAUCAAAACUUUAAGCUGAAAACCAAAAUUAAAAAAAAAAAAUAACUAAAAAAAAAUUUAAAAAAAAAACGACUUUUGUUGCGAACUAAGGCUAAUUGAUAACGGUUAUAACGAUUUUGACAAAACGAUACAAUUUUAAUUGAAUUAAACACACAAGCAACUUCUUUGUGAAGAGCUUCAUUUUAUAUGCUGAAGAAGUUGCAGUUAGUUUGUUGAAUAAUUUGUUUAAUAAAUUAAAUGCAUAAAAUGCAAAUAUGGUUUCAUUUUUAAUUUUUAUUUCAUUUAAUAGUUAUUUACUGCAUAAAGAAAAAACUCAAAAAAAAAAAAAUUAAUAAAAAUAAUUAUUAAUAUAUAGUUAAUACAUAUAUAUAUAUAUAUAUUAAAUAAUAGUUAUCUCCAUUUAUUGUUAAGAAAAAGAGCAUACAAAUUAAGGAUAAUCAAAGAGCAACAACCCACACCAACAACCACAUAUAAACACAUAUGUGGGUUGUUAAUUAUAGUCUUAAGCGUAAUUGCAAAACAAAAGCAAAAUUUUAUUUUAUAAGAAAACAUAAGGCGAGGAGCAAAACAGGCACACAACACUUCAACAGGUUGUGUGGUCUUGUGCAAACUUAGUUAUAUACAUAUAUAUACAAAUGAAAACACUUAAACAUAUAUACUUACAUAUGUACAUUUAUGUGUACACUUGUACAUUGGCAUCUAGCACAGAAAUAUAAAAAAAAAACCUAUAUACGGAAAGAAUUUAUAAAAUCACUGUAUUACCUCAGUGGAAGAGCCACCUUGUGCCAUUAGCAUGGCCUGCCGCGGCCGGUGGGCGUACGCUGCGUAGGCUAUAUACUUUUUUUAAACAUCGAGGAUACCACAGUAUGGGUCUGCGGGGCGCGCCAAUCGACCAAAGGUCAAUGGUCAUGCAAAAUUGCAACAAUGUGAUAAUUACACUGUUUGUCAUUUAUGAUCAUCUAUUUAGAUACACAUACGCAGAUAUUAUACAUAUAAUAUAUACAUACAUAUAUACUUGCAUAAAUAACAUCUCACUAUUAUGUAUGUAUUUAUUUUUUGUAUAUUAUUUGCACUCGAAUACGAACAACCGGCAAUCCGUAAAGGCCUUACGACUAGACUAUGACAAAUAUCUAAACAUAAAUUGAUUCAAAAAACAAAAAAAAAAAAAACAAAAAUUAUUGAAAAAUGUUGAAAUAAAAUUAAAAUAAAAAUUAUAAUCAAAAUCACAUAGCGAAUGAUUUGAAUUCACCCCCAAAUCGUUCAAUAUGAAAAAUAUGGAAAUAAGAAAAAAAAUUCAAGCGAAAUUUGAAAACCAUUUGUAAUACCUACAUACAUACUACAUGUACAUAAAUGAUUGAUAACGAAUUGGUAUUUGAUAAUUACUUUGUAAAAUUCGUAAUUAUGUAAAAACAAAAACAAAAA